GUGUGCUACCUCUUUUUGCCGCUAAAACUAAAUCUAAAUGUGUUUCUUUUCGGUGGUUUUUACCGUUUUCACACGGGAGUACAUUUAGUUAUGACUAUUUAUAUAGCUACUUAGAUAGCCAGAGUGGAAGCCAAUAUCAAGCCGCAUCAGCAUCUACCCUAGCGAUACAACCAUCAAAAUGGGAAUAUCCGGACUCUUGCAGUUUAUCAAAGACGCUUCAGAGCCCGUCAGUGUGAGAAAGUACAAAGGACAGACAGUGGCAGUGGACACCUAUUGCUGGCUUCACAAAGGGGCGUUUUCUUGUGCUGAAAAGCUGGCUAAAGGGGAACCAACUGACCAGUAUGUUUCCUACUGUAUGAAAUUUGUAGACAUGCUGUUGUCUUUUGGCGUAAAACCUAUCUUGGUGUUUGAUGGAUGCAAUCUGCCAUCAAAACAUGAGGUUGAGAAGUCUCGUCGAGAGCGUCGACAGGCUAAUCUUCAGAAAGGCAAGCAGUUGCUACGGGAGGGGAAGGUUUCUGAGGCCAGAGACUGUUUCACACGCUGUGUCAAUGUCACACCUUCCAUGGCACAUGACGUCAUUAAGGCCGCGAGGACUAGAGGAGUGGACUGUGUUGUGGCUCCAUAUGAGGCAGAUGCCCAGCUGGCCUUCCUCAACAAAGCGGGCAUCGCCCAGGCUGUCAUCACAGAGGACUCUGACCUGCUGGCGUUUGGCUGCAAAAAGGUCCUCCUUAAAAUGGACAAACAGGGUAAUGGGCUAGAGAUAGACCAGAGCCACCUGGGCCGCUGUCGCUCGCUGGGCGAUGUCUUCACAGAGGAGAAGUUUCGCUACAUGUGCAUCCUCUCGGGCUGUGACUACCUGGCCUCGCUGUAUGGGAUCGGCCUGGGGAAAGCCUGCAAGCUGCUGAAGAUGGCCAACAACCCAGACAUCUUGAAGGUCAUAAGGAAGAUUGGCCAGUACUUGAAGAUGAAUGUGACGGUGCCUGAUGAGUACAUCGAGGGUUUUGUGAAGGCCAACAACACCUUCCUCUACCAGCUAGUGUUUGACCCUGUCAGGAGGAAAGUUGUGCCUCUCAACCCUUACCCCGACGACGUCGACCCCUCCACCCUCUGCUAUGCCGGCCGUAACAUAGGAGAUGACAAGGGCUUGCAGAUGGCCUUGGGAAAUCUGGACCUCAACACCAUGAAACCGAUUGAUGACUUCAACCCAGACAGAGCAAACACAAAACUGGUCAAACCUCGCAGCCGUGGAUGGAACGACAGCCGGACCCCCCAGGCCUUCAGCCAGCCCAGCAUCUGGAGCCGAGGGUACAGCCCUGGUAGCAGCUCUCUGUCUGUCGCUCCACCCCUGCCUGAGGGAAGUGCUCUAGAGAGGCCUCCUUCCACCAGGGGGAAGGAGAGAGUUGUCAGUUUGCAGGGACUCAGACUGACUCACAAGGAGGCCUGGGUAAAGAGGCCCAGGGAAAACUCAAGCAUUUCAGAUGAGGAUGUGCUGCUCCAGUACUCUCCCUCCAGUCAGAAAAGACCCAGAGCAGACCUGGACCCCUGCUCCACAGACAGACCUACCUCUACUGCCACCAUACUUGGCACAGCCCAGCCCAAACCACGUAACCGCUUUGCCACCCUGCUCCAGAGGAGGAACCAUGACGGGGAUGGAGAUGGUCAAGGCACAUGCAGCAGGUUUUUCUGUAGCAGCGGCACCAGCGAGGUGGAGAUCCUUUGCCAAGAGUCCUCGGGAGAGAAGGAAAAAGCAUGUGAGAUCAUGCAAAGCCCAAGUGAGGAUUCAUGUAAAACAGUAGAGCUGGACGAGAGCGACGGGCCCAGCAUUCCCUCGGUCGAGACCCCCAGCCCAUCUCCUUCCCCCUCCCCCACGUCUGCCAGUCAGGGCCUGGGGGUCUUUCGGUGGUCUGGCAGUUCCUCUGAAAAAUCCCGGACCACCCCAAUAGCUGUGCAUGGCGUUGCUGCUCUUCAGAAGUUCCAUCGUAAUAAGGAGACCAUCUUCUGGAGCCCGCCGGGCCAGAGCCCCCCAAAGUCCCCCAGCAUGCCGUCACCCGUUCCCUUUAGUCUGCUGGAUGAGGGUCCUCCCCCGGAUUUGCCUCCUACACAGGACAGCGCUUAUUUCUCACAAAGUCAGCACACUUCCUGCCAUGAUGACGAAGGUCCUUCGCCCAACUGUUUGGAGGAAGUUAUCAACCCUUUUAUGAACUCUAGUAAUGAUUUGGACUGUGGUGAGAGGCCCACUUCCUCCCCAGAGACGGUUGAUAGGAAGACAAUCACAAUCAGACCAAAGCAGGUGGCAGGUCUACCCAGGAUGAGGCCCAGUGACCAGCGGAAGGGGACAGCCAUCCGACUGUCUGCCCCAGCCAGGGCCAGCGGACUCAGGAAGAUACCGAAGGGGCCCAGGAAGAAAGCCAGCCCCGGCAACGAGAACAACUCAGGGCUCCAAUCCACCAUCAGUGGUCUAUGGAAAAACUUUGGUUUCAAGAAAGAAAAUGAAAAGAUUUUGCCUUGUCAAAAAGGGGAACCCAUGUCACCAGUGAAGGACAAUGUGCCAGUCCGGAUACCUGAAACGAACAGGGAUAUUUACUUUUAACAUUGUUAUCUUUAAUCUGUAUAACAUACUGUGUAUGUGAAUGAAUUACCAUGGACAUGUGUACAUUAAUCCUAAAAUACAUACAUUUCAGUUUUAAUAAAGCAACCUUC